CGCAUUGCAAACCCUGGAAAACAGGUCUCCCAGAUUGCCCCCAACAUCGGUAUUUCAAUCUGCUCUCAUAUGGCCUGAGCCAAGUCCAAGAAUUAGCGGCACAAUACUAUGCUAUUUGACUGAUUUAUCUGAGGAAUCUCGUAUAUCAAAGCGGAGGAAGGAAAGAUGCCGAUACGCUGGUAUCAAGCAAAGCUGGCAAAGCGGCCACUGUUGACCCAAUCCGUUACCACCGCUGUACUAUUUGCUGCGGGCGACACUCUUGCCCAGCAGGCCGUGGAGCGGAAAGGACUCAAAAACCAUGACGGCGCUCGGACAGCUCGAAUGUGCUUGUAUGGCGGCUGUGUGUUCGGUCCAGCAGCGACCAAAUGGUAUGGCUUUCUGCAGAAGAACAUCAACCUUCAAUCACAUAACAUGACGAUAUUGGCGCGAGUUGCUGCGGAUCAAACGAUCUUUGCCACAUGCAAUCUCGCCCUCUUCCUCUCGAGCAUGUCGGUAUUGGAGGGAAGUGAUCCUAAGGAGAAGCUCGCCAAGAGUUACCUUCCAGGGCUCAAGGCCAACUGGGCAAUAUGGCCGGCAGUUCAGGCUGUGAACUUCAAGUUGGUGCCUCUUGAGCAUAGGGUCCUGGUCGUGAAUGUUGUGAGUCUGGGCUGGAACUGCUUUUUGAGCUAUCUCAAUAGCUCGAAAUGAGUGUAGCAUAGCGAGGUAUGCAUGGAGGGCUGGCCUUCUGAUCUAGCAUUUCUAGCAUCCCUGGGAUCUGCAUGACAGCACGAUUAGAGACGUAGCAUCUGUGAGCAGAGUUCACCAACUAUAUUUGACAAGGAAACCACAUAGCACACGAAGAAGUCGAGAGAGAAAGAGGAUGGGAGGAAGAGAGCAAUUGAGAGCCGAGAGGAACCGGGGCGUGUGCUUGUGUCACGAAGGAAGCUAAGCCGCAUUUGGAGUCUGCGGAUUUUAUUU